AUGGUCAAAGAAUCUAUUGGGAAAGCUUGGUUUGCUUCUUCUUCAUCGUAUGGUCAGAGAGCUACAGAAAGUCUUCGAAGAUGCCGGAAGGCUCUCAGUACCUGCAAGCGAGAAAAUGUUACAAACUCUCAGGUCAAAAUAAACAGUAUUCAAAGAGAUAUUGAAAAGGAACAUGCUCUUCAGCAUCCCUCCUUUUCAAGAAUGGCGACUCUGAAGAGAGAUAUGGUAUUGGCUCAUCGAGAGGAAGAAAGUCAUUGGUCUCAGAAAUCAAGGGAUAAAUGGCUUCUUUCGGGAGAUAAGAAUACCAAAUAUUUCCACAGCUCGGUCAAAGCAGAUAGGAACAAGAACGCAUUGCUGAAACUUAUAGAUGGAGAAGGGGUGACUCAUAGAUCAGAAGCCUCAAAAGGAGAUGUAGCUGCUUCCUAUUUUCAGUCUAUGUUCUCAUCUUCUUAUCCAUCUGAGGAGGACCACCAAUUUUUCCAAGAUUUGACUCCUCGAGAAAAUGAUGAAAUGAAUGCUUCUCUAAUUGCUGAGCUUUCUAAGGAGGAAGUAAGGCUUGCAGUUUUUGCUAUCAAUCCCUCCAAGGCUCCGAGAGCUGAUGGAAUGACAGGACUUUUCUUUCAAAAGUAUUGGGAUAUAGUGGGAGACCAGAUCACAAAGGAGGUUCUCAGCUUUUUCAAGGAUGGAUCUUUUGAUAAAGAAUGGAACUACACUCAGUUGUGUCUAAUCCCUAAGAAGGUAAAUGCCUCUUUCAUGUCAGAAAUGAGACCGAUCAGCCUCUGCUCAGUGAUGUACAAGAUUAUUUCGAAAAUCAUGGUGGCUAGGCUCAAGCCUUUGCUCUCUGAUAUAGUCUCCCCGAAUCAAUCUGCUUUCGUUCCGGAGAGAUUGAUAUAUGAUAAUAUCAUCAUUGCGCAUGAGAUUGUUCAUAGUUUGAGGACUCAUGGAUCUACUUCGAAAGAUUUCAUGGCUGUCAAGACAGACAUGUCAAAAGCCUUUGAUAGAGUGGAAUGGAGCUAUCUUCAAGCCUUGUUGGUAGCACUGGGUUUCCACCCUCGUUGGAUCAGUUGGGGUCCUACCAUUCAUCACCUGCUAUUCGCUGAUGACAGUCUGUUUGUUUGUAAAGCAGAAGAACGUCAAUGUGAAGCCCUCCAAAACAUCUUGGAUGCGUAUGGAAGAGCAACAGGACGAACAAUAAAUCUCGACAAAUCUUCCAUAACUUUUGGAGAAAAAGUCGACGAAAGGGUGAAAGAACACAUGAAGACCAAGAUGAAAAUCACCAAUGAAGGAGGAGCGGGAUCUUAUUUAGGCCUUCCAGAGUGUUUCAGUGGCUCCAAAUCAGAUAUGCUAGAAUAUAUUAACGAAAGGAUGAAGAGUAGAUUUUCGGGAUGGUUUGCUAGAACACUUUCUCAAGGAGGAAAAGAAGUCCUCAUCAAAACAGUUGCAAUGGCAAUGCCAAUCUUUGCAAUGUCCUGUUUUAAACUGCCAAAAUCUACUUGUUCUACACUUUCCAGCGCAAUGUCUGAAUUCUGGUGGAGUAAUAUGGAGAAUCAUAAGAAAAUUCAUUGGGUUUCUUGGAAUAAGCUAUGCCUAACUAAAGAUCAGGGAGGACUCGGAUUUAAAGAUAUAGAAGUUUUCAAUCAAGCUUUGUUGGCCAAACAAGCUUGGAGAUUGCUGCACUAUCCAAACAGCUUCUUCUCUCUUUAUUUGAAGAGUAGAUAUUUCCCAAAUGAUCAAUUUCUUGAUGCUACCCUUGGAGCCAGGCCAUCUUAUGCUUGGAGAAGUAUCUUAUUUGGUCGAGAGCUUUUGGUCAAAGGUCUGAGACUAUGUAUUGGAGAUGGUGUGUCCACUAGUGUUUGGACAGGACAAUGGCUUCAGGAUGGAAGAAUGAGAGCUCCACUGAUGAAGAACCCCCUGAUUAAUUUGGAACUGAAAGUGCAAGAUCUCAUCGAUCCGGUAACCAAAGGUUGGGAUUCAAAUUCUUUACAGGAACAUUUCUUCCCCAGAGAUAUAGUGCUAAUUCGGAAGAUAAAACCUGUUGUUUCCUCAUCGGAUUACAUGUGUUGGCAGCACAAUAAAAGUGGUGAAUAUUCAGUUAGCUCUGGCUAUUGGCUUGAGGCUCAGGCUCAUAACGCAGAAACCAUUCAAGAGGCAACUUGGCAACCUUCCCUGAACGCUAUCAAAGACUUAAUCUGGGAUUCUCAUGCUCCAACAAAAGUAAAGAUCUUCAUGUGGAAAGCAAUGAGUGGAGCUCUCCUGUAG